CGGGGCGGAAGUCCUGGGCGAUGGCGCACCGUGCCAAGGCCACAACGCGGGUGCCGGCCGCGCCGCUCGCCAGGGCCCCCUCCCGCACGCCCUCACCUGCCGGCCGCCGUGCGCUUGCGCUCCUCUCGCUCGGCGCCCUCCGCGGGUGCCUUCCGGAGCCGGCCGGCUCUAGCCCUGCUGGGCCGGGCGUGACUCAGCGCCCUUGGCGACGCCCCGGGCGGGUCCAGGACGCUGUGUCCCGCCCGGCCGCCUGGGGACCGGCCCUGAACGCGAGCGAGCAGCCUGAAAAUGUGGAACAAACGCCCCCUAAUGCUGGCGCCGCCCGAGGCUGCCCGAGCUCUGGAGCUAGCGGGAGCUGCCGGGAGCUCGGGUUUGCGGCUCCCGGCGCUGACUGGGGGACCUGGGCGCACCUGCAGAAUAACUGGGCAAACCUGGCCAAACACCUGCUGUGCGCCGGCCGCUGCGCUAGGGGCUGGCGGGAUAAAGGAGAAAAAGUCAUGCUUUCUGCUUUCGUGGAGCUCUCUGCUAUGGCCUGGGAAAGCAGUAGAUGGCUCAAGUCCUUGGGUCCCUGCACCACGUGGAAGACCCAGAAGAAGCUCCUGGCUCCUGGCUUCGGAUCGGUGCAGCUGCAGCCAUUGCGGCCAUCUGGGGGGUGAACCAGCGGAUGAAGACCUCUCUCUCUGUCUCUACCUCUCUCUGUGACUCUUUCAAAUAAAAUAAAUAAACAAAAAUAAAUCUUUAAAAAAAAAAAAAAACGAGGAGCCAGAGAAGGGUGGGAAGAGCCCUCUCAGAGGAGGAAGAGUUGGCUGUGGGCCAUGCAGGGGAUGGGGAGGCUGCUGUUCUGGGUGUG